AUGUGGUUAUUAAGAAAUAAUUAUCGUCUGCGAAUUUCGCUGCUUUUAAAAAAUGCUAAAAAUUCUUACCACACUGACAACGUAGUCAAACUUGGGACAAGUCCGGAUCAUACUUCAAAAGAAUAUAGGGAUAAUUAUGCACAUAUGAAAAGCCUUGUUGAUGACUUGAAGAAUGAAGUCAACAAGAUAGUCCUAGGUGGAGGAGAGAAAGCCAGACAACUUCAUCUAUCCAGAAAGAAGCUCUUAGUCAGGGAAAGGAUUGAUAGACUACUUGAUCCAGGGUCGCCGUUUUUAGAGCUAUCUCAAUUUGCCGGCUACAAGAUGUAUGUCCCAGACGACGUUCCAGCUGGCGGUCUGGUCACUGGGAUAGGACAAGUGUCUGGGGUGAAAUGCAUGGUGAUAGCCAAUGACCCGACGGUAAAGGGGGGCACUUACUAUCCAAUCACGGUGAAGAAGCACAUGAGGGCACAGGAGAUUGCCGAAGAAAACAGACUGCCCUGUAUUUAUCUAGUCGACUCGGGUGGAGCCUACCUGCCCAUGCAAGACGAGGUCUUUCCUGAUAAGUUCCAUUUCGGCAGAUCAUUCUACAAUCAGGCGCGCAUGUCAGCUCAGGGAAUUCCCCAGAUAGCCGUAGUGAUGGGCAGUUGCACCGCGGGUGGUGCCUACGUGCCUAGCAUGGCGGACGAGAGUAUCAUUGUCAGACAACAAGGCACUGUCUUUUUGGGAGGACCGCCUCUGGUCAAGGCAGCCACCGGUGAAGAAGUGACCGCUGAGGAAUUAGGAGGUGCUGACCUCCACUGCAGGAAGUCUGGCGUCACUGAUUACUACGCGUUGGACGACGAACACGCUCUUCACCUGGCCAGGAGAUGCCUGAAGAAUAUCAACCACAAGAUGCCCAUGGUGACGUCAUACAAACCCGUGGACCCCUUAUACGCGAGCGAUGAGAUUUAUGGAAUUGUUGGCGGAAACCUUAAAAGACCUUUUGACGUGAAGGAAGUUAUUGCAAGAAUCGUUGAUGGUAGUGAGUUUGAUGAGUUUAAAGCUCUCUACGGCGAGACUCUGGUUACUGGUUUCGCGCGCAUUUGGGGGUACCCUGUCGGUAUAUUAGCCAACAAUGGUGUUCUUUUUUCUGAAACUGCCUUGAAAGGCGCUCACUUUAUCCAGUUGUGCUCCCAGAGAAAUAUUCCUCUAAUCUUCCUACAGAACAUUACAGGAUUCAUGAUCGGACGGGAAGCGGAAGCGGGUGGAAUUGCAAAAAAUGGCGCGAAAAUGGUGACAGCCGUGUCGUGUGCCCAGGUUCCCAAGCUGACGGUCAUCAUCGGCGGAUCGUACGGGGCCGGCAAUUAUGGCAUGUGCGGUCGAGCCUACGGUGGGCGGUUCUUGUAUUCGUGGCCCAAUAGCAGAAUCUCGGUGAUGGGCGGCGAACAGGCUGCCGGCGUAUUGACCACCGUUGCGAGGGACCAAAGAAAGAGGAUCGGAAAGGAGUUCACUCAAGAGGAUGAAGAGACGAUAAGUAAGCCGAUCUUGGAGAAGUACGAAAGAGAGGGACAUCCGUACUAUGCUAGUGCUAGGUUAUGGGAUGAUGGGAUAAUCGAUCCAAAAGAUACUCGCCUGGUUUUAGGAUUGAGUUUGAGUGUUGCUCUCAACCAGCCAAUCGAACAGACCAAAUUUGGCGUUUUUAGAAUGUGAAAAAAAUCUAACAAUUGAUUAGUUUUGUAUAUGCGUGUGUUUGUUUGUGUCUGUGUAUGUGUGUUUGUAUGCGUGUGUUUGUAUGCGUGUGUUUGUAUGUGUGUUUGU